AAAUUAUUAUCAAAUUGUAUCAUGCUAUCAGAGCCUAGGUUUAAACCCUAGCCCUUUUUUUUCGAGACUGUGCCUCACCGCCGGUCUCCUUCCUCUCGCCGGUCGACCAUAAACGACGACCAUGGCUCAAUCUUCAGAUCCGCUUGCUUCGCUUCCUUCUGGCGUCAAGCUUCUUCUCCGCAAUCUCCAUAAUCUUAUCCCAGAGAAGCUCACCGAUUCAAAUUAUCCUGCAUGGUCUCUCAAUGUCAAAACUGCUCUUGAGGCCAACCUUCUUCUUGGUUGGAUCGAUGGUCAUGAAGCUGCGCCUCCAAAAAUCCUAUCCAAUGAUGGCAAGGAAAACCCUAACCCAGAAUUCCAAACAUGGAUUGUGAUUGAUACUCAGAUCCGUGCAUGCCUUCUUGCCGUCAUCAAUCCGUCUGUUCACAAGCAUGUCCGCAACUUCACCACAUCUGCCGAUCUAUGGAACGCUCUCGGUGCCCGGUAUAAUUUUGUUUCUACCGCUCACAUCUAUCAACUACGGGACAAACUUCACACACUCCGAAAAGGUACAAAAACUAUCACCCAGUACCUUGAUGAAGUUGCCACUAUCCUCACCGAUUUGGAUGCUCUCAACGAGGUUAUUCCUGAGAGAGAUGUGGUGAAUGCUGUUAUCCGAGGCCUCCCUCAUGAAUAUUCCUCCUUCAAGCAAAAUAUACGGAUGAACAAUGAGAAUAUAAGUCUAAAUCAACUCUCNCCCCUUUGAAGCCCUCUAUGGUCGGUCUCCGGAUUAUGUUCACCUUCGUCCUUUUGGUUGUCUUGUGUAUCCCUGGCUUCGUCCUCACACACAUCACAAGCUUCAACCACGUUCCACCCCCUGCAUUUUCCUAGGUUAUCAUCCCACCAUGAAAGGUUACAAGUGUUAUGAUCCUAUUUCUCAGAAAACGUAUGUCUCCCGUCAUGUUCGUUUUGUACAAGAUCAGUUUCCCUACUCUAAACUUCUAUCUACCCCAGCCUCCUCUAACCCCUUAGGCAUCAUUCCCAUCUUUCCUCCCAGACCAGGCUCACAGGGUCCGGCACCGCACAGUUCUCAAAUCGU